AUGGGUGAAGGAGAUGAAGCGAUCCACCCUCGCCUAACCCACGACUCUCUGGAGCGCGAGGUAUCGACAAGUAGCUCUGAAGGGCCAGCAUUCGAGCCAAUCCGAACCCGAAAAACCAGAGACACGGACGACUACCGCUUCGACGAUGAAGAACAAACACAACGCGAUGAGCUUGCGAGGAUUGCAUCCAUUCUGUCCGGAGCUCGAACUCGCACGAUUACCAGCGAUGGCCUACAGAGACAGGACACUGUAGCGGGCAUGGGCAUUGAGUCGCCUGAAUUCGAUCCCAACAAUCCCGCAUUCAAUUUCUUCCUAUGGAUCCGCAAGUUUCUCCAACUUCUCGAACAGCAAAACAUCAAAUUGCGAAGAUCUGGCUUCACUUUCAGGAAUCUCGGUGUUUCAGGGAAGGGUUCUGCUCUUGUACUCCAGCAAAAUGUCGGAUCCAUCUUUAUGCAACCUUUCCGCAUUCGCGAGCUUUUCCAGCAUCCUGUCGAGAAACAAAUACUACGCAAUUUCAAUGGACACGUCAACAGCGGCGAGUUGCUCAUUGUCCUUGGUCGACCUGGCAGUGGCUGUUCUACAUUCCUCAAGACCAUCUGCGGAGAGCUCCAGGGUCUGCAGAUCUCCAAGGACUCCAAAAUCACCUACAGUGGGAUACCACAGGAGCUGUUCGUGAAAGAGUUCAGAGGCGAGGCAAUAUACAAUCAAGAGAAUGAAAAGCAUUUCCCUCACUUGACGGUGGGGGAGACUCUCAACUUUGCCGCCGCCUGCCGUACUCCAUCCAACAGAAUUCUUGAUGUUCCUCGAGAUGAAUGGGCCAAAUACAUGGCAUCUGUUAUGAUGAACAUCUUCGGUUUGUCACACACUCGUAACACCAAAGUUGGAGACGACUUCGUCCGUGGCGUUAGCGGUGGAGAGCGAAAACGUGUUAGCAUCGCCGAGAUGGCUCUGGCAGGUUCGCCCAUUGCAGCAUGGGACAACUCCACUCGUGGCCUUGACUCGCAAACUGCUCUUGAAUUCGUUCGCUCGCUCAGAAUCGCCGCAGACUUCGCAGGCCUCACUUCCCUCAUCGCAAUCUACCAGGCUUCACAGGCCAUCUACGACUUGUGCGACAAGGCAAUCGUGCUCUACGAAGGCAGACAGAUUUACUUUGGACCUUGCGAUGAGGCUCGGGCAUAUUUCGAAGACAUGGGCUGGUAUUGUCCUCCUAGACAAACCACAGGCGACUUCUUGACGUCCGUUACCAAUCCCCGAGAGAGGCAACCCAGAGGAGGGUUUGAGAACAAGGUGCCCCGUACGGCUGCGGAAUUUGAGAACUAUUGGCUGGAAAGCCCUCAAUACAAGGCAUCGCAAGAGGAAGCCAAACAUGCGGAAGAAGUCGAGGCCGACGGAGAAGAAGCUCUCCAGGCAUUCAGAGAAUCCCACCAACAGCAGCAAGCCGCCCAUGUGCGCCCAAAAUCACCAUAUGUGAUAAGCAUUCCUAUGCAAAUUCGCCUUUGCGUUACUCGAGCAUACCAGCGACUCUGGAACGACAAAGCAGCAUCCAUCGCGGUCAUCUUCAGCCAAAUCGCACAAGCUCUAAUCAUAGGGUCCAUCUUUUUUGGCACUCCACUCUCUACCGGCAGCUUCUUCGCCAAAGGCUCUGUCCUCUUCUUCGCCGUCUUGCUCAGUGCUCUGCAAUCGAUCGUCGAGAUCAACACCUUAUACAGCCAAAGACCGAUUGUCGCCAAACACAAAUCGUAUGCCUUCUACCAUCCCUUCACUGAGGCUGUUGCAGGUAUUGUGGCGGAUUUGCCCAUAAAAUUCUGCACAACUACUGUAUUCAACAUCAUUCUGUAUUUCCUGGCUGGGUUGAGAUACAGGGCGUCAAAUUUCUUCAUCUUCUUCCUCUUCAACUUUGUGGCCAUGUUGACCAUGUCAGCGAUCUUCCGAACGACGGCAGCAGUCACGAAAACCAUUUCAGCCGCUUUGGCCAUUGCUGGUGUGAUGGUCCUUUGGAUUGUUAUAUACACGGGCUUCACCCUGCAAAGGUCUUUCAUGCAUCCCUGGUUCAAAUGGACUUCCUGGAUCAACCCAAUCGCCUACGCUUUCGAAUCGCUCCUUGUCAAUGAAGUCCAUGGCCGCCGCUUCCCCUGUGCCCCUACCAGCUUAGUUCCACCCUACGGCACUGGCGACCAUUUCCAAUGCGCCGUCGCCGGCUCUGUGGCCGGUCAAACCACCGUUUCCGGAGAUUCAUGGGUGCACUCGUCCUAUGGAUACUCUUAUAGCCACAUAUGGCGCAAUCUCGGCUUUCUAUUCGCCUUCAUGAUAUUCUUCUUCGCAAUUUAUUUCAUCGCUACUGAAAUCAACUCCGACACAACCUCGACCGCGGAGUUUCUGGUCUUCAGAAGAGGGCAUGUCCCGUCAUACCUACAAGGCGUCAAGAAUGAUGAGGAGCGCGUACAAGCCGACGAAAAGGGCUUGGCAUCGGUCAAUCCAGUCGAUGAGAAGCAAAGCGAGGAAGUGAAGGCUCUACCUGCGCAAAAGGAUAUCUUCACUUGGCGUAAUGUGACUCUUGACAUCAAAAUCAAGGGUGAGCCUCGAAGACUACUCGAUGGCGUCUCGGGAUGGGUUAAGCCUGGUACCUUGACCGCCCUUAUGGGGACAUCAGGAGCUGGCAAGACCACCUUGCUGGAUGCCUUAGCACAGCGUAUCAGCAUAGGUGUUUUGACGGGCGAUAUGCUCGUAAACGGCAAGCCCCUCGAUCGCUCUUUUCAACGGAAGACAGGCUAUGUGCAGCAACAAGACCUUCACCUGGAAACCACCACCGUUCGAGAAGCGCUUCGAUUUUCAGCUUACCUUCGGCAACCAAAAUCAGUCACAAAGAAGGAGAAGGAUAACUUUGUUGAAGAAGUCAUCAAGAUGCUCAACAUGGAAGAUUUUGCAGAGGCUAUCGUUGGAAAUCCAGGAGAAGGCCUCAAUGUUGAGCAACGUAAACUCCUCACGAUCGGCGUCGAACUGGCAGCGAAGCCAGCACUCCUCAUUUUCCUCGACGAACCCACCUCAGGCUUGGAUUCCCAGAGUUCUUGGUCGAUUGUUGCCUUCCUUCGCAAGCUCGCAGAUUCAGGGCAAGCGAUUCUUUGUACUAUCCAUCAGCCUUCGGCUAUCCUUUUCCAAGAGUUUGACCGACUGCUUUUCCUGAUGAAAGGGGGCAAGACAAUUUACUUCGGCGAUAUCGGCAAGAACUCCAGGACUCUGUUGGAUUACUUUGAAAAGAACGGUGCCCCCAAGUGCGACGAUGAUGCCAACCCUGCCGAAUAUAUGCUCGACAUCUGCGGGAAGAAGGCUGACCGUGACUGGAGCGAGGUGUGGAAGACGACGCCCGAAGCUAAAGAGGUGCAGGCAGAACUGGAUCGAAUUCAACAGGCUAAGCAAUCAGAGCCGGCAGGAGACGCAUCCUCAACGUCCGAAUUUGCCAUGCCGCUCACUGCUCAGAUCUACCAUGUCACUCACCGAGUGUUUCAACAAUAUUGGAGAACGCCAUCUUAUAUCAGUGGCAAAUUUCUCUUGGGGAUCAUGUCCGCAUUAUUCAUCGGCUUCUCAUUCUAUAAACAGAACACCACCUCGACCGGUCUGCAGAACACUAUAUUCGGUAUUUUUAUGCUUGUCACGAUCUUUUCAUCCCUGGUCCAACAAAUCAUGCCUCGGUUCGUCAUUCAACGAUCCCUCUACGAAGUCCGAGAGCGUCCAUCCAAGGCAUAUUCGUGGAUCGCAUUUCUCGUAGCCAACAUCGUCGUCGAAAUUCCUUACCAGAUCGUUCUGGCCAUCCUCAUGUGGAUUUCGUGGUACUUUGCCAUCUUCGGCAAGAACCAAGAUAACGAAACGAGGGGGUUGAUGCUGCUUUUCGUGAUCCAGUUCAUGGUCUUCACCAGCACCUUUUCACACAUGAUCAUUGCGGCAAUGCCUGACGCGGAGACGGCGGGGAAUAUUGCGACGCUGUUGUUUAGUAUGAUGCUCACGUUCAACGGUGUCUUGCAGAGCCCCUCUGCUUUGCCCGGAUUUUGGAUCUUCAUGUAUCGAGUGUCACCCAUGACCUACCUCAUCUCGGGCUGGGCCGGUACCGGUCUCCACGGUCGCCUCGUCCACUGUGCACAGAACGAACUGGCCACAUUCGACCCGCCCUCCGGCCAAACCUGUGCGCAGUAUCUGGCCGCGUACUUUGACCACGGUGCUCCCGGCCAAUUAUACAACCCGCACGCGACCAGCCAGUGCCAGUACUGCCCGCUCACGUCGGCGGACCAGUUCCUGGCCGCCAGCAAGAUCUACCCCAGCGACCGAUGGAGGAAUUUUGGAUUGGGGUUUGCAUAUAUAUUCUUCAACAUCUUCGCCUGCAUUUUCCUCUACUACCUCUUCCGCGUCAGACGGAUCAGCAUCUCGAGCCUCGCCAAAGGCCCCGCGCGCGCCAUGGACAUGGUCGUCAACAAGGGCUUGAGGAGACUGUUUGCCCGUCAUGCUGAGCCGACGCCACCAGGGAAAGAGGCGGAGCGGCACCGGGCGUUCUAA